UACAUAGAGAUAGAAGCAGCGUGCGCAUCGCGGCGCAUAUCGAGCAGAGAGAAAACCCACAGAAGCGAAUCGCUUGUCCACCUUUCCACCUUUCCCCCGGUGCGACCGACAUACCCUAAACCCCGUCUUACCCCAGGAAAAAAAACGGUUUAGCUGUAAUAUCGCAGUGACGCUGACAUCUUUGAGGGAUGGCUGACUCGGAGUUAGAAACCUUUACCUCUAUCAUGGACGCUUUGGUUCGCAUUAGUUCCAACAUGAAGAGUAUGGAGCAGGAGCUGCGUUGCCCGAUGUGUGAUGAGAUGGUGAAGCAGCCCAUCCUUCUGCCGUGUCAGCACAGUGUCUGUCUGCUGUGUGCGGCCGAGGUGCUGGUACAGAGGGGUUAUCCUCCUCCAGACCUCCCCCCGGAGCCCAACUCGCCAGCCUCCACGCCCAACACUCGCUCCCCGCGACAGGCUCGAAGACCCACACCCAGGACCCCUGACCGCCUGGAACGGGUCCUCAGAACAGGUGGAGAGAGCAGAUGUGGAGCUCAUAUGGUGUGCGGGACAUACCCGGGGCGGAGACGGAAGGAAGCGGCCCCUCCCCCCAUGCUGUUACCGUGUCCUUCCUGUCAGCGGGACGUGGAGCUGGGAGAGAGAGGCCUGACAGACUGCCUGCGCAACCUCACGCUGGAGCGGAUAGUGGAAAGGUACAGGCACACAGUAAGUCUGGGCAGUGUGGCCAUCAUGUGUGGUUUCUGUAAGCCCCCCCAAACUCUGGAGGCCUCCAAAGGCUGCGCUGAUUGCAAGUCCAACUUCUGUAACGAGUGUUUCAAACUCUACCACCCGUGGGGAACCCCUCGAGCUCAGCACGAGCACAUUCUGCCCACCAACAACUUUCGGCCGAAGGUCCUAACAUGUACGGAGCAUGAGCAGGAGAGGCUGCAGUGGUACUGCCGGGACUGCCACCGGCUACUGUGCCCACUUUGUAAGCUCCGUCGCAUCCACCAUGGACACAAAGUGUUGCCGAUAGCACAGGCCUACCAGGCCCUCAAGGACAAGGUGACCAAGGAAGUCAACUUUGUGCUGGCCAACCAGGAGACAAUACAGAGCCAGAUCACUCAACUGGAAGCUGCCAUCAAACAGAUGGAGGCGAACAGCGCGGUGGCGUUGCAUCAGCUGACCCACUGUAUCCGAGAGCUGGGAGCAGCCGUAGCGGAGCGGCAGGGGGCUUUGGCUGUGGCCCUGGAGGGAUCGCGCAGCAGGAGGGAAGAGGCCCUGUCGUCCCAGGUCUGGGAGAGGCGAGGCCUGCUGGAGCACGCCGGCCUGAUGGCCUACACGCAGGAGCUGCUCAAGGAGACCGAUCCCCCCUGCUUCGUACAGGCUGCCAGAGUCACCCACGGCAGGCUUGUGAAGGCCAUUGCAAACCUCCAGUGUUUCUCCCUCUCAGCUGACCCCUCCUUCAGGAACUUUUACCUAGAUGCAUCCAAAGAAGUCGAGCUCAUUCACAGCUUGGAGUUCAUAAAUGCCCCAGUAGCUCCCGUCAUUGACACCCAGAAGACACUUGCAUACGACCAGUUGUUUCUGUGCUGGCGCCUCCCUCAGGACUCGGCCCCAGCUUGGCACUUCUCCGUUGAAUACCAACGACGAGCAGGAGGGGCUGCAGCCACCUGGGGCGGCACCAGGUCCCCCAAUGCCGCGACCGCCUGGCUGCGGCUGGAUGAAGUGAGAGGAACCAAUGCCGUGAUUAAUCGGCUGCAGAUGGACAGUGUGUACGUGCUCAGGGUGAGAGGCUGCAACAAGGCCGGGUUCGGAGAGUACAGCGAAGAGGUUUACCUCCACACUCCACCAGCACCUGUUUUGAGCUUCUCCUUGGACUCCCGCUGGGGUUUGCACGCUGACAGGCUGGCAUUGGGCAGAGGCCAAACUUACGCUCGCAGCGUGCCGGGCCUCUCUCUCCUGCAGGCUGCCGACCGCACACUCACUUCUUGCCACUUGACCUCUGACCUGCUGGUCGCCGACUUGGCCGUCACUCAAGGCAGACACUACUGGGCGUGCUCUGUGGAGCCUGGUUCCUAUCUGGUGAAGGUGGGAGUGGGACAGGAGGCUAAGCUGCAAGAGUGGUUUCAUCUCCCCCAGGACAUGGCCAGCCCUCGCUGCGACCCAGACAGCGGCCAUGACAGUGGGGCAGAGGACGGCCAGGACUCUCCUCCCUUCUGCUUCCUCACAAUAGGCAUGGGCAAGAUCCUGCUUCCUCAAGGACACGGUCACACGCAGAGCCAGGGGGACGGCCAGAGCCUGGGGGCCGUGCACGGCCACGGUGCCAGCCAUAAUAACCUGCCUCACCCUCACACUGCCCCCCUGCCGCCCCGACUGGGAGUGUGCCUGGACUGUGACAAAGGACAUGUCACCUUCUACGACGCCCACUCGUUGCGGGUGCUGUGGGUGGGACACAUGGACUGUUCCUCUCCAGUGUGUCCGGCCUUCUGCUUCAUCGGCGGCGGGGCCCUGCAGCUGCAGGACCUCGUGGCCACUCGGAGCGUCGAGGAGCCGCCACCGCGGAGGGUAACUAUCCAAACGCGCGCAACAAAUCUCGGCAAGUAAAUUGUGGUUGUGAGACGCAGCUGAUUCAGCGAUUGAAAUUGACAUCGGUAAAGAUAAACGUGGUUCGUAUUCACCACUUCAUGUGGCUCAAUAAUGAACUAUAUGGUUGCGUUUUUCCUCUUAAGGUCAUUGGUGAGAUCACAGUAUAAAUAUCUGAUGUUCUUUCUGCAUUUGCACUUGGCCUGGACAUGGAAUCUUUUUUUUGGCAAUUUAUUUUUCUUCUUUCUUUCUUUUUUAUUGAGUACUGCUCCCAUGGACAUUGUGGCUGAAGUGAUUUUAGACUAUGCAGAAUUCUGUUGAUAGGGUGAGUAAAUCCUCUUUAUAAACAGGCUCAAUCGGUUUGCAAUGUAAAAUAAAAGUCUACUCUUCUUUUACACUUGUCUUAAUGUGUCCCAGAAUGACUGGACAACAAACGUUGCAUGCAAGUGUAACCAGGAUUUGAAACGUAUACAUAUAUGCAGAUGACUGACAGUCACCUUGUAAAAGCACCUCAGAUGUACAGAUGUCUGAUUUUAUAUGUUUAUUUGCAAUGUAGCCUCAAGAAGUGUUAAUGAUGUGUAUGUCAGAAUUAGAGAAUGUGAAUAUUCUUUGGUUGCUGAAUCGUACAGUUUUGUUGAGUCAUGUCAGCAUCUUGUGUCUUUCAUUUUUGGUUGGCUGAGCACGCUAACAGUUGCCUCAAGGUUUUCAAAGGACAUAAAUGUAAAAACGGAUCUGAGGAAUAAGGUUCUCAUGACGCUGCUUAACUCAAUAACAUGUGAAAAUAUUUCAGUUUUUUAUAUUUUGAAAAUGCAAGUGGCCUACCGGUUUUGGUGUUUAAGGAAUUCUACAUACAAAUGAAUGAUGAGCUGUGACGUUCAAGGAAGCGGAUGUAUUCAAGUCAUUUUAUUUUGACCAAAAUCACAAAUACCGCGCUUUACAGUCUGUACACUUGUGUCAUCCUGUGUCCCGAAACUGUCACAUGGGCACAGGAAAAAACUUUAAUAGGUAGAAUAAAGGGCAGAGCAGGAUGCAAUGGAUGUCAUGUGUACAGAAUGAACAACCUCAACGAUGUACAGUACGUUCGAUUCAUACGACAGAAAUUAUUCAAAUAUUGAGAGUAGUAAGCCAAGUGUAAGGCAGGACUACUGCAGGGACAACCACCGUCUAGAUGUAACCAGAUAUAUAUCCAGAUGUGACCACCAUACGAUAUGACCACCAUCCACAGAAACCUGUGGGGAGGGAAAGCACAAAGACUGCAGGACAGAAGCAGUCAGUAAUGUGGGUUUUUGAUGACAGUAUAGUAAUGUGACUCGAAAUAGUAAUAAUUUGUAUAGAAGGAGAUGGAGAGAGGAGCUCGGUGUGUCCUCCAUAGCAGCUUAUCUAAGAGCUGGUCCAGGCUAACCCGAGCCGGCCCGCCACUAUCCGCUCUAUAAAAGAGGAAAGUCUUACGCCUUCUCCUAAGUGGAUGGAGUCGGAUGAUGAUAUCUUAUGAGCUCUGGACUUAAUUGGAUUUCCUACUAAAGCAAACAGUAGCUAAUUUACUUGACUAAGCUGUAUCGUCUGAGGAAUGUAACAUCCCAGUUAUAUAUUGUGUCAGUGCAAGAGAUUCUCUAUAUUGUAAUAAUUAUUAUUGACUGGCUCCGUCUGUAUUUUGAUAUGAAAUAAGGAUUUUCUGAUUUGUACAUUUGUGUGUGUGUGUGUGUGUGUGUGUGGACUCCGGCUGUGACUGUCUCUAAUGACGUGUCUAGACGCCUCUACCUGUGUUACAGCACAGCACUUGAAUGACUUCAGACUGGAUACGGAAAUCAGAAUCUAUUCAUUUGGAUUUAACUUUGGCUAACUGAAUGUUUCUGUCAUGUCAUGAGAAAAACAAUAAACGAUUGAUAACCAUAACAUGCA